UGAGGUUUAUGCAUGUGAGGAUCGGACGAUGUCGGAAAGACGUUACAAAACCGAUAUUAUUAUUAUUAUUAUUAAUUAAAAGAGGCAAAAUAUUUUAGAAUCAUUAGUUUCAGUUAUUCUGUACUGACAGCCUCUGAAGCUCUCCUGUCCGUUUAUAUUAUAAAAUCAUUCUAUCCUGACGAAGGUUCAGGUGAAAACUUUUGAUCCAGGCUCUGAAUUAUACCGUCAAACUUUUGCCGUCACCUUCAAACGCAAUGUGUGUCUCAAUUCAUAAUUUUCUCGUAGUUUUUUUUAAUUAUUUCGAGUUACGGGCGACACAUUCUUAAUUUAAACAGAGCGUGCGUCUGACAGUUGGCUGAGCGCCGCCACCAGCUUCCGAAGCCGCACACGUACCCUCUCCUUCCUCCGCGGUCUCUUCGUCUUUCUCCUCGUCGCCGACGUCUAUCGACCGACGCGGCGGCGACAGCGUCAGCGGCGGCGCCCCUCAACCAGCGCCCGUGUAUGGGGAAAUGGCGGUAUAGCCAGCGACACAAGGUCCUUGCCGUUCUGUGUGCCGCGCGCGCGCGACGACAAGUUAGGACGGGACGAGAAAAAGCGACCAUCACACCGAGCGAGCGUUGACGACGAUGGCAAUGUCGAAUCUCUACUCGAAGAUCUCCACCAAGCCGAUGAAGCGCUUUCAGGACAACGUCGCGGUCAAGCAGACCAAUGCCUGGGUGAACGCGGAAUCUCCAAGCAAUACGUCAGAUUCACCACCAUCAGUAAGCCCACUCUCCUCAUCUAUUGUACUACAACGCGAGGGGAUCGUGAGUCAGCCACUGAGCGCCCCCGCAUCGCCACUGUCUUCCCUGUCAUCACCCGUAACCCAGUUAAACCUACCAUCACCCGGGGACUGUACCCAGGACCCCAAUUGGCAAGCGACAAAACCUACAGUUCGAGAACGGAAUGCAGCCAUGUUUAAUAAUCACCUCAUGGCUGACAUUAUAUUCAUUGUUGGCAGUCCAGGCCACACACAGACCAUACCAGCACAUAAAUAUGUCCUAGCCACUGGCAGCUCUGUAUUUUACGCUAUGUUCUAUGGAGGAUUACCGGAAAAUAAGAGAGACAUAGAAGUGCCUGAUGUUGAGCCAGCUGCUUUCCUCGCGCUGUUGAGGUAUAUGUACUGUGACGAGGUGCAACUCGAGGCGGACACAGUUCUGGCGACGUUAUACGUCGCGAAGAAGUACAUAGUCCCGCAUUUGGCGCGAGCGUGCGUCAAUUACCUGGAGACGAGCCUGACGGCGAAGAACGCGUGCUUACUUCUGAGCCAGUCUCGUCUGUUCGAAGAGCCGAAUCUAAUGCAACGUUGCUGGGAGGUGAUCGACGCACAAGCAGAAAUGGCACUAAGAUCCGAUGGUUUUGUGGACAUUGACAUUCAUACGCUCGAAUCAGUCUUAUCUCGGGAGACGCUAAACUGCAAAGAGAUACACAUAUGGGACGCUGCGUUACGAUGGGCUUCCGCAGAAUGUAUCCGGCAAGACCUUGAGCCAACUCCCGCCAAUCAAAGGCAAUUGUUAGGAUCUGCCUUAUAUUUAAUUAGACUUCCCGCUAUGAAUUUAGAGGAGUUUGCAAACAGUGCUGCGCAGACAGGAAUUUUAACGCAUCAAGAGACAAUCGACGUGUUUCUGCAUUUCACAGCCAGUAACAAACCACCACUCUGUUUUCCCACCAAACCACGUCAAGGAUUGAAAACUCAGGUGUGCCAUAGAUUCCAAUCUUGUGCGUAUAGGUCGAAUCAGUGGCGAUACAGGGGUCGUUGCGACUCGAUCCAGUUCAGCGUUGACAAGAGAAUAUUCGUGGUGGGUUUCGGAUUGUACGGGAGCUCGUCCGGUGCUGCGGAUUACAACGUUAAGAUCGAGCUUAAGAGGCUCGGGAAUGUCCUCGCGGAGAACAACACCAAGUUCUUCUCCGAUGGUUCGAGCAACACGUUCCACGUUUACUUCGAGAAUCCGAUACAGAUCGAGCCGGAGUGUUCGUACACGGCGAGUGCAAUAUUGGACGGCGGGGAGUUGAGUUUCUUCGGUCAAGAGGGCAUGUCGGAGGCGACGGUCGGCAGCGUGAACUUUCAGUUUCAGUGCAGUUCCGAAAGCACCAAUGGCACCGGCGUCCAAGGCGGACAGAUUCCCGAAUUGAUUUUCUACGGGCCGCCGUCCGACGACUGACGGAAAACCACGACGGAGCUUAUGGUCUAAUCGCGUGGCUCGAAGCAACGAAGCGUAAUACUCGGAGUCAUUCGCAACAAAUCUAAGCCUGCCGCCAAAUGCUCGGAAGGAGAGAGAGAGAGAG